GGCGAGGAUGCGGCCCCGGGGCAGCCCGCGCGGGGCCCGCUGAGCACCGGCCCCGGGUCCCCAUGAGCCGGGGAAGAUGUACGCGGGGAGGAAGCGGAGGAAGCCGGUGCAGAGGACGGUGAAGCCGCCACCUCCGGAAGGUGUGAAGUCAAACCCCUCCAAGCGUCACAGGGACAGGCUGAACUCAGAGCUGGAGCGGCUGGCCAGCUUGUUGCCUUUCCCUGAUGAAGUCAUCUCAAGCCUGGAUAAACUGUCCAUCCUGCGUCUCAGUGUCAGCUACCUCAGAACCAAGAACUUCUUCAAUAUUGCCCUGAAGAAUCACAGCUCCAAAGGGGAAACUGAAAGGAAUGGAGGCCACGACAACGGACGGACUCUGGGACUGGCUGACAGAAUCGUGCCAGAGGGUGAACUUCUCUUACAGGCUCUGAAUGGCUUUGUGUUGGUGGUGACAUCAGAAGGACUGAUAUUUUAUUCGUCACACACAAUUCAAGACUAUCUUGGAUUCCAUCAGACAGAUGUCAUGCACCAGAGUGUGUUUGAGCUGAUUCACACUGAGGAUCAGCAGGAGUUCAGGCGCAACCUUCACUGGGCCCUUAAUCCUCCUCAUGUACCUGAGGAUGAAUCAUCUCUUGAUGGUGAGAAGAGCAUGAACAACUCUGUUACUACCUACAAGCCUGACCAGCUGCCUCCUGAGAACUCCUCUUUCCUAGAAAGGAGCUUUGUUUGCCGGUUUCGUUGCCUCCUGGAUAAUUCAUCUGGGUUCUUGGCUUUAAAUCUCCAAGGACGGUUGAAGUUUCUUCACGGACAAAAUAAAAGGUCUGAAGAUGGGUCUCUGCUACCACCACAGCUGGCUCUUUUUGCCAUCUCUACUCCUUUGCAGCCCCCAUCCAUCCUGGAGAUUAGAACCAAAAACAUGAUCUUCAGAACAAAGCACAAGCUGGACUUCACACCUUUGGCGUGUGAUGCCAAAGGGAAGAUAGUUCUGGGCUACACAGAAGCGGAACUGCGGAUGCGUGGUACGGGGUACCAAUUUAUCCAUGCUGCUGAUAUGCUGUACUGUGCUGAAAAUCAUGUCAGAAUGAUGAAAACUGGAGAGACUGGCCUGACUGUUUUCCGUCUCCUGACAAAAGAAAAUCGUUGGAAGUGGGUCCAGGCCAAUGCCAGACUCGUCUACAAGAACAGCAAACCUGAUUACAUCAUUGCCACACAACGGCCGCUUGUAGAUGAAGAAGGAGGGGAGCAUCUAAGGAAACGAUCUAUGCAUCUUCCUUUUACCUUUGCCACGGGGGAGGCACUGCUAUACCAAACGACUUACCCAAUUCCCAGCUUUCUUGAAUCUUUCCAAAGCAAAGGUAAAAAUAGCAAAUCCAAGAAGAAUUCUCAGAGUAAAGGAGGGAGAUCCCAGAAGGACAGUGUGGACCCAAACUCCCUCCUUGGUGCCAUGAUGAGACAAGAUGAGUCAGUGUAUGUCUCCCAACCAGCUACAACCCCCAAGCAUUCCUUCAGUGGCAAUUUUUUUAACCACUCAGGAGAAUCUUGCUUAUUUGAUACAGGAGGAGAUUCCUGGAAUGCAGUUGCUAAUCCAGCUUCUUCUGGAGAAAGUGGUCUCAAGCAGAAGCUAGUCAGCUUGAGGGAAGGGGACCCGCUGUUAUCUACCCUAGACUCUCUCUCUAUUAGCAGUGAUGAAAACUGUUCAAAUAAUGAGCUGUUCAAUGCCCUGGAGAGUCUAGGAUUGAAUGCUGAAGACCUGGAGCUCCUGUUAUUAGAUGAGAGGAUGGUGAAGGUGGAAAUGGACCCAGAUUAUAUUCCAUCCCUUAAUGAUCUGUUAACAAACAAUGAAAUCCUGUCUUAUAUUCAUGGUUCUCUUGUAAACAAAUAUGAGGGUGAGCCUACAGGGGUGCAACAGGGCUACCUCUUGCCAGACUCAACCCAGAAUCCAAGCAAACACCCAGCAAUGUAUCCAUCCCAAAUGCAAGACAAAGGCUCCCAGUACCUCCCUCAGCACUUUCAGCAGAACCAGCAGUCACUGAUCUUGCAGCUUUCGCAGCAAAUGCAGCAGCACGUCAUAGCACAGAACCAGCAAACUGGCCAGCCGUGGGAGCAGCUGUCACACUCAGCACUAAGUCAGCUGACACCCCUGCUGAUGAAGCAAACUGAUGAGGAUAAGCCACAGCAUAAUGGUCUGCAGUGGAGGCCACCAAGGGGACCAGCUGGGGAAGGUCUGUCUCAGUUCAUAGAGUCUGCCCUUAGCAAUCAGCAGCAGAACACCCAGUGGGUCAGGCCUCAUGGAUCAAGCCUGCAAACCUCAACCCAUCACCAUCAACCCAUGGAAAUCCCUUAUCAAUGCAAGCAAAAUGGGAGGCAGAUGGAAGUUGGCUUUCAAGCCACACAUGAAGUACGUCAACCACUCCUACCACAGGAACAGCCCUCACCCCUGCAAACCCAGCACUGCUUCCAACAAAAACAGGCUGAGAUACAGAUAGAGCUGCAAGGUCAGCUGAAACAAAAAACUAGUCAGCAGUCGCUAAGAAAUGGUCUGUGUAACCGUGACUCACCCAGUCAGCGCAUCUUGGGGAAUAGCACUUGGCAGGACUACAGCUCCCAGCUAAUUGGGCUUCCAGCACAGGCAGAGACCUAUAGUGUCCAGCAGGAACUGAACUCCCAGCCCGAGGUCUGUACUGAUCCAGUGCCAAACACAGGAGCGUCCACAAUUCAUUUCUACUUGAAUGGGCUGUCAGAUAUGGAGACAGUGAAUAGCGGAGGGUCCCAAGAGGUUAUCACUCCAUAUUCAGGAUUUUUACCCCCAUCCUCCUAUCAGAUUCUUUCUCAAAAGCAGCCAAGCCCAGUUGCUUCAGAGUCCCAAUAUCCUUUUCCAAAUUCAGCUGUGAAUCACUUUGUGAACAUUGGUGGCCAACAGGAGGGCUCUGUGAACGCUUACGGCAUAUACACAUCAUUAUUAAACCGGGAGAAUAGUCCUAAGCCUGAAAAUGAUUGUGUUUUAAGCAAUGCUAAUGUGGGAUACUCUGGAGACGGCCUCUUGCCCAAUGGAAACCCUGCUUCCUCCAACAAGCUGCAUUCCUGCACAGAAGUGCUUCCGAACCAUUCUAAUCCCUCCAGCAGUGGCUUUUAUCUUUGAAUAGAAGAUUAGAUUGGACAAAACAGAAUUAUCCACAGACCAGAUGGAGAAAAAGCUGUGUUGAAGUUACAGAAUAGAACCAUUUCUCCCAGUUAUUUUAAUUUCUUCUGUAUUUUUUUGCGUUUUUUCUUUUGUUCUUUUUUUAAUUGACAUUGUACCACAUUGAUUGUGAUGUGCAGGGGUGAGCAGAAAGGAGGAAGACAUUUUAACUUGUGAUGGAGUUUAGUUUUUAAAAAGAUAUUACUGACCUGAGAAUUAAUGUUGCAUCUACAACAGCUUGGGGGUGGAGGGCAACUUUUAAUUCUUCACAUGCAAACUGGGACAGUGAAUCUGUCUGUUAUGCACUUGUAAAAACAGCUGGUAUUCAUAACAUCGUAUUUCUAUGAUUAUCUCAGACUGUCUGAGUUUUGUCUUCUCUGCUUCAUCAGCUUGAGGAUUCCGAACUUGAGAGCCUCUUUCCUGUUCUUUCUAAGUUUCUCUGGUAGGAUUAUCAUGCACAGAAAGGCUGACACAUCUGACUACAAAGGAGAAUCAGCUUUGAAAUGUUUUGACCCAGUUUAUGUCUCUUUCUGUUGUCUUUUAAACUGAAUACAUAGACUGAUUGAUCUAAAAAAUUUCAUCCCAAUAUCAACAAGGAUUGCUCUGUUGCAGAUGUGACAUUAACAUAACAAAGCUUGCACUUUGAUGAAAAGAGUUCUCUAUUGCACUAAACUGAUUUUUAGUUCUAUUGGUAUGCAAGGUUGUUCGUUUUCAACACAUUUUGCCAGUCUUGAAAAUUUAGGCCAUUUUUGUUGCCAUUGUUCAGUUCAGAGACUCAACAGCGAGGCUAUUGUUCUGGCAAAGUUGCACUAUUGUAUAAAAGGCAAGGUGUGGAAUUCCACUAGCUGCAAACAGAUUGGAAAGAGUGGUUUCCCUCUGGGCUCCCAUAUGCUUUUUAAUUGAUAGAAGUUUGCAACUGUAGUUGGAGGAGACUUUAGAACUGUGCAUAGAAAAGAGACUGUUAGGGUCAUUGCUUAUAGCGUUAACUCGCUGACAAAUGUGCUUCGUCUUAUUGUCAGCCAUGUCAUAUUGGAAACGUUGUUUAAAAAAAGAAAAAAUGACCUAUUUUUUUCCUAUUAUAUGGGUCAUUUCACAGCUGGACUUCAAAAUUUGUAAGAGAUGUUAUUGUUAAUUGAUGCCAUAGAUUAGAUGUGCUGUAGUAAAUGUCACUGAUUGUGGUUUUGCUGUAUUCUUUGUGAUAUGCCCAGAUUGGCUGGUUUUGGUUAUCAAAGUACCUAACAUUUAUUCUGGCAGUAAGUGGAUCUAAACCACUAAGCCUGUUUCAGGUUACAGGAGCUCUGUGUAGGUACUUCGUUAUUGGACAUUAGGAGCAGACUGGCAUAUAAGCCAUAUGUUACAUCUGUGCCUAAAAAGAUUGCAAAGCAGUAGUGGACUUGACUAGUUCAGAGGAAGAUUCAGAUUUCUGUACAGAAAAGUUUGCAAUAUGAUAAAGAAAAGUAUAAUGCUAAUUUUAAAUACUGACAUAGUGAUAUUUUCCCACAAAAGAAAUACAACCCAUACAUAUGUAUAUAAUAACUGACAGAUAUAUUUUUAUGCCACUCCAGUGGAGAAAAUAAUAUCUUUCCAAAGCACUCAAGGAGCAUCCUUUGGAAUGAAAAAAUAGACUAUUCAAAGGAUCAGAAAUUAUGGCCACUCUUUAUUAAGAAACCUGACAUAAAAGAACAUCCUUUCUAUGUCUUCAGCCCUGGUUUUGCAGUAACUUCCCAUCCUUUUCAUUUCAAUAAAUGGUUUUGGAUCUCA